UGUUGGCGUUGAAAUGGCGUCAAGUUCAGUGAGUGAUCUGAGGAUUGUGCUGCUAGGAAAGAAUGGAUCAGAAAACAGUCGAGUGGGAAACACUAUACUGGGAACAGAAGCGUUUCACAGUGAAGCUGCAUCUUAUUCUCAGCAGCACAGUAUGAGAAUCAGUGGAGAGGUGGAGGAGAGACACAUCACAGUUAUAAACACUCUCCUGCUUCAGCCGAAUCUCUCACACUAUCAGACCACACAGAGUGUGAGAGAGUAUGUGUCUCUGUCUGCUCCAGGACCUCAUGUGAUCGCACUCGUACUGCAGUAUAAUGACUUCGAUGAGAACGACAUUCAGAGAGUGAAAACUGUGCUGAGCCUCUUCAGUGAGCAGGCCAUUAAACACACUAUAGUGCUGACUACUGAUGAGGAGCCAAGUGAAUUGAUACAUCUGGCUUAUUUGAUCACAAAUAAUGCUAUUCAUGAUUUAAUUAAGGAGUGUGGAGGAGGACAUCUGCAGUUUGAUACAAUAAACCCAGGAUGGCGCUCUGAGUUGAUCAGAAGAACAGAGAUACUCAAGAAAGAGCGUGAAGAAUUUCUCAUCUGUAACAUGUAUGAGGAUGGAGGUGAUGCAACAUCAGUGGAUGAAGAUCUGAGCAGAUCUGGAGCUUCAGACAGAGAAGAAGACGAAGAGGAGGAUUCUGAUCUCAAAGAGAGCACAAAAACAGCAAGUGAUGGAGGAGAUCCAGAGGGUGUGAAGCUGAAUCUGGUUGUGUGUGGGAGUAACAGAGAAUUUAAAUCCUUCACAUCAAACCUGAUCCUGAAGCAGAGCGAGAGAAGAUCCGAGCUGAGCUCCGAGUGUGUGAGGAGAGACGUGGAGCUUGAUGGACGUCUGAUCAGUCUGCUGGAGCUUCCAGCUCUGUUCAACACUCAGCUCUCAGAGGAGGACGUGAUGCGUCAGACUCACCGCUGUGUGUCUCUCUGUCAUCCUGGAGUUCAUGUGUUCAUCCUCAUCAUUCCUGAUGCUCCACUUAAUAAUGAAGACAGAGCAGAAAUAGGGGAGAUCCAGAGGAUCUUCAGCUCAAGAGUCAACAAACACAUCAUGAUCCUCAUAAAGCAGAAUCCAGAGCAUCAGACAGCAGAACUCAAUGAAGAAACACAGUCUGUCAUUGAGAGAUUUGAAGGACGACAUCAUUUCAUCGGCCUGAACACACAAGUGUCUGAGCUGAUGGAGAAACUGGAGCAGAUGAUUGAGGAAAAUAGUGGUGUUUGUUUCUCCACAGAGACACUGAUGGAGGCACAGAUGGAGAAACUGCAGGAAGUUGAAGAAAUGAAGAAGAGAGUCCAUUCAUUAGAGACGUGGUUUCAAUCACAAGAUUCAAGAGACAGAGAAGAUGAUCUGAGGAUUGUGCUGCUGGGAAAAACUGGAGCUGGGAAGAGUUCAACUGGAAACACCAUCUUAGGAAGAGUCAUGUUUAAAGCUGAAGCAUCUCAAGAGUCUGUUACUGAAGUGUGUCGUAGAGAGAAAGCUGAAAUCAGCAGCAGACACAUCACUGUGAUCGACACUCCAGGACUGUUUGAUACUGAACUCAGUAAUGAAGAAAUCCAGAGAGAAAUCAGCAACUGCAUCCCAAUGAUUCUGCCUGGACCACAUGUGUUCAUCAUCGUGCUCAAUUUAGGACAACGAUUCACUCAAGAAGAAGCAACAGCAGUGAAGAUCAUCCAAGAGACGUUUGGUGAAAACUCUUUAAUGUACACCAUGGUGCUCUUCACCAGAGGAGAUGAUCUGAAUGAUAAAACCAUUGAACAGUGUUUGGGAAAACCUGGAUCUGCUUUAAAUGAACUGAUUGAAGCGUGUGGAAACAGAUUCCAUGUGUUCAAUAAUAAAGAGACUGGAGACCGAACACAGGUGACUGAUCUACUGCAGAAGAUAGACAACAUGGUGAAAACAAACGGAGGGAGUUACUACUCAUGUAAGAUGUUCAGAGAGAUGGAGAGAGAAAUACAAAAACAACAGAUGAAGAUCCUGGUGGAGCAAGUGAACAGAGAAAAAGAAGAACUGAUGAACAAACAUGAAGAAGAAAAAAAGAAGAUGAAGAUGAAGAUGGAGGAAAAUCAUGACAAAGAGAGAAAGAUACGAGAGGAGCUGAAGAGAGAACGAGAGGAACUGGAGAAACAGAAACAACAGGAAUGA